AUGAUGUUCAUCCAGUCCACUGUGAUGGCUGCCCUGAUGGGCCUCUCUAUGGUCAAUGCCCAUAUGGUCAUGACCUCGCCCUUCCCUUACAGCGAGGAUACCCUCAACAACUCUCCUCUCGCCCCAGAUGGCAGUGACUUCCCUUGCAAGCUUCGUGAAAACGCCUUCCAGGCCCCAGCCUUUGAGACGAUCAUCGGCAUCGGCGAGUCCUACCCUCUGACCUUCAAGGGCAGCGCUAUCCACGGCGGCGGAUCCUGCCAGGUCAGUCUGACCACUGAUCUCCAACCCUCCAAGUCCUCCGAGUGGAAAGUGAUCAAGUCCUUCGAGGGUGGCUGCCCUGCGAACAUCGAGGGCAACCUGGCCGCUAACCCUAACGCUCUUGGUGCUUCCACUUUCAACUUUAGCAUUCCUGACGGCAUCUCCGCUGGCAAGUACACUUUGGCCUGGACUUGGUUCAACCGCAUCGGCAACCGCGAGAUGUACAUGAACUGCGCACCCAUCACUGUUUCCGGUGGUGCCUCCAAGCGCUCCCCCGAGGAACUCGAGAGACGCGCUGCAAACUUCCCCUCUAUGUUCGUCGCAAAUAUCAACGGCUGCAUGACCAAGGAGAAUCUCGAUAUCCGUUUCCCCCAGGCAGGUGACUAUGUCGAGUACGCUGGUAACCCUGCCAAUCUCGCCCAGGAGGGUUCCGAGGCUUGCACUGGCGCUGCUUCCUUCGGCGGCGCCGGCAACACUGCUUCCUCCAGCUCUUCCAGCUCUGACUCUGGCUCUAGCUCUGCCUCUAGCUCUGGUUCCUCCGGUUAUGACUCCGCUGGUGCUGGUGCUGCUGGUGCUUCUGGCGCUGAUUCUGCUGGCUCUGAUUCCGCUGGCGCUGGUUCCGCUGGCACUUCUUCCGCGCCUGCGGGAAGCGCUCCUACCCUCUCUGUCUCAGUGUCUGUCGCUUCGGCUGUUCCAUCAAACGCAUCCGCAGAUUUUGAGCCCGCCCCCACAGCUGCUGCCCCAGCUCCUGAAUCCAGCUCUGAGUCUUCCGUCUCCGAGUCUGCUAGCGAGUACGGCUCCACUUCCGGCUCCAGCUCCAACUCCAGCUCUGAGUCUUCCGCCUCCGAGUCUGAUGGCGAGUAUGGCUCCACUUCCGUCUCCAGCUCCAGCUCCAGCUCCGGUGCCUUGACGGGUGCCUGCAGUACCGAGGGUCAGUGGAACUGCAUCUCAGGCAGCUCAUUCCAGCGCUGCGCUUCUGGCACCUGGACUGUGUCCCAGCCGAUGUCGACUGGCACCGAGUGCAACGCCGGUCAAAGCGCAGAACUCGUUGUCGCUGCCUCCAAGAAGGCGCGUCACAUUUCAAGCAUGCGUUUCCGCAAGCGCAACAUCCACGGCUCUCACUUCUCUUAG